AUGGCUUCAGUUAAGCCGUAUAGAAGUGUGAUGAAAGUGGUGACUGGACACACUAAUUUACUAGGUAAAUAUAUUGCUAAAAAUAUCCCAAUUCGUAUUUUUGAGUAUGCUUGCCUUUACAUUUCGCGCUCAUCAUUUGGAUAUCGUGGUUUCAGUCAUCGCGCCGCGAAAAAGGAGCAUGACACUUGA